CCUAUAUCAACAUUAUUAGUGAGCCAUUCAACUCCUAUGAGGCUCGUACCUCGCCUCUUUCUUGUCUGCUUCCUUCUAUCCUUCACAACAUUGAUACUGCUGAACCUCCAAGUUGAUGUUCAUGUGGUCAGAGAUCGCUCGAACGCAUGGCAAGAGGAUCCUAUAUACUGCCUGCAAUUCCCUUUGGAUAUGUCCACUUAUCCGCACUGCGUAGAUCAAAUAGGACAUCUACAAAAAAUUUGGAGAACUCGCGUUGCUUAUGCAUACUAUGGAGUUGAUGGGUCAACAUGCUCGAUUCGACGUUAUUUAGCAACUGUUGAGAGGAUUUGUCCCCCUCUUGUUUCUAUCGAACAAGAUCGAGAAAUGACGCAGAUGAUUAAAUUGGCUGAGUUCGACACUGAUUUAUUUGAACUGUUUGGCUUAUUUCGCGGAAGUUCUUCGAGUUACGAUUUUAUUAGGAGUCGGCUUACAGAAAAUUGGCCAAGCUGGAUAUCUGCAUUGGACUUGGUGAUUUCCAAGUAUCCAAGUACGAUGUCAAAAAGGAUGAAAAUGAACAUAAUGCUUCAUCUUGGUUUUCUUUCCGAAGAAACUCCUGCCAGAAGUGUUGAAAAUGAGCGAUUGGGCAUGUUCAUGCAAUGGACGGACCUUUUUGCUUGCUUAUUUUUACUUGGACACAAUUUAUACAUUUCGGCCGAUCAGGGUACUUUCAUGGACUAUCUGGAAUUAACUAACAGCGCUUCUAUUGACAGUCAUGUCGACUUACUUAUCACCGAUGUUCCUGGCUACAAAUGGCUUAGGAAAUCAAAUUUGAUUUCUGGUAUGAAUAAGUGUCGGAUAAGGUUGCUGGACAGCUUUGGCACACAUGUAGAAUUUAAUGACUUAAAGUACUAUGAUGAGCACAAGGAUGAACUGGGAGGAAAAGGGAACCCUGAUGGCGGCUUUGGUUUAAACCUACUCCAACACUGGACUUUGUAUCCGCACACGCCAGACAAUGAUUUUCUUGGAUUUGCAGUUCAUAGAUCUGUCGUAGAGCCAAUGUUUGAGAGAGGCUCACAUAGUCCUCCUAUUUCACUGGUAUAUGGAAAAGUGAAACAUCGAGGAGUUUUUGAAGUUUUGAAAAAUUUGACUGAGGUGCACACAUAUGCCCAGUUCCCAGAAGGCAAAGGAGUUCCAUUGAAUAUAAUUAACCAUGGUUUACUGAAUGCGAGUGCCGUGACUUCCUUGCUGAAAGCUGUUGAUGUAAUCGUGGGAAUUGGGUUAGAUUUAGAAGGACCUAUGCCACUAGAAGCCAUGGCAAAUGGAGCAGUGUUUGUAAAUGCCAAAUUCAACCCUCCUAUAUCUCGCUUGAAUUAUGAAGCUUUGUCAAAGAAACCAUCUUUGAGACAGUUAAAUAGUCAAUCACCUUAUCUGGAGCAAAUUGGUGAGCCAUAUGUCUACACAGUCAACUUCGAUGAUCCUAUAGCAUUUGAGGAAGCUAUUCGAAAAGCUGUUAAUAAGCCAAUGAAUGUUCUACCUGAAGAAUACACCCCAGAAGGAAUGUUGAUCAGAGUGCAUGUACUCAUAUCGCGAGAUUUUUGUUUGGAUGUUCCUAACUGGCCUCCUUCAUCGGCUUUUGUGCCAAAAAUGGGUGAGCCAGAGCAAUCAUGCGAAACAGCAUGCGACGAAGCAGGUCUGGUUUGUGAGCCAGCGUUCUUUCCGCUUGUCAAUACUAAGGAGUUUUUACGUAGCUACGCCGGCUGUGCUUUGGGAGAAAUUGACAUUUCUCCUGAUCCAAUUGCUCCGUACAAGUGCUCGGUUCAAGGGAACCCGUUGAUGUUCAGCUGCGCUUCGAGACCUUCUCGAUCCAGCCGAUUUGCACCAAUGCUUGACAGUCGUCAGCCAAAUACCCUUCACCUACUCGCAGGUAGUUCAACUACUACAGCAUUAGAUGCUGCUCGAACGUUGUUGGCAAACGGUGCCGAUGCUUGCGCCAAAGGCGAAGAAGGGUUGACUCCACUACAUGUAGCCUGUGCCUAUGACUGUUUGGCCAUGGCACAGCUACUGAUGCACUAUGGAGCAGAUCCACAGGCUGAAGAUGCCCAUGGAAGGACACCUUUUACUAUGGCUACGGGGAAUACGCAAAGGUUCCUCCAACGAAUACUCGCGAAAAGUACCCGAGAACAGCGUGGUAUCAUUCGGCGAAUUUUUGCUUGCCAUACGAUGGUCAGAAUUGCGCACACGCGAUUUAUCAGAGGAUUACGAAAAAAGAUGCGAAAAUCUCUGAGUUUCAUUGGAUUUAGAAGACCCUUAGCGAUAACUCUACCCGCAUCGGAGCCAGUGACGAGCACCCCUAUAUCUCUUCAACCUGAAACACCGACGGGUAAAGCUCCGCCGAUGAUGGAAAUACCGCCUACGAUAGCUUCCUCACCACCUUACCCUAUCUAUCCUUCCACAAGCCAAAUACCGCAGCCAUCUUACUCUAGGACACCAAGGGCGCCAGUGAGGACAAACUCUGCAGACGUACCUUCAUGUUCGAAGACUCCCGUUCUGCCUGAACCUAUGCCACCACCAAGAACGAAUCGUUCUAACAGUACACCAGCUAGAUCGAAUAAGAAAGCUAUCGCCAUUGCAGUCGCAGAAGAGAAGGAAAACGAGAAAGGCGAAGUUCCAACGAACGGUCAUGGAAAGCGAGAAAAUCAUGCUAGUGCUAAGCCAAAAGCAGCAACCGGACCGUCAACGCCAAAACCAAAGCGAAGCGAGCCUUCCGCUCCACCCAUCGAAGAGUUACCACCAGAAGAUCUAUCUUACUGGUUAAGUGAGAAGAAUACCACUCAAGAUACACAAGGAACUGACUAUUUCACUGCAGACGAAAGCUUCGACAUGGCUGAGCUGCAAAGGCGGAUAGAGCAGGUGAUGAAGAUAGGUGAACCAACACUGCCACCAAAUGUCGAUGAUGGUCAGUUGAGGAAGAUUCGUCGAUUAACUGAUACUCAGCUCAAAGCUGAGCUGAAGAAAGUUGGUGUCGUUGCUGGGCCGAUAUGUCCGAGGACUCGCGGUCUAUAUGAAAAGAAGCUGCUGCUAAUGCGACGUGAAACCGCUGAUAUCAAAGGUGUACGCUACUCACGACAGCUGGAACUAGCCAUGCUUGGCGAGUCAUCCCCGGAUGAAGGAAAGAAACUUGACGAUAGGGUACGAGAAGAGUACCAGUCGGCGGGUGUCACGGCGUUUUGCUAUCUUCUGUUGGAUCCUAGGAAAAUCUCUGGAGAUGUGGAUUCGCUGGAAUUGAAGACUUUCGUGCCGGCUAUCUUCUAUGUUGGUAAAGGAACAAAGGCUCGUCCUCUAGCGCAUCUCAUCGAGGCCAAAAGGGAAAGAGAGGCGAAGUCCGCCAAAAUGGCAACCAACGCAAAGCUCAAACGGAUAGAUUCGAUUUGGGGAAGUGGCCAUGGUGUUCUGUGCCUUCAAAUUAAUCACAGCGUUUCUGACGAAGAAGCAUUUGUUCGAGAAGCUGCGCUAAUUGAAGCAAUUCGACUAGAGAACCUGACCAACAUGAAGGGAGGCGAAUGGCGUGGUUCGAGUAAAGUGUGGACGUUGCCUAUGAAAGCACAGUUCGGAACAUAUCAAUUGCAGCGAGCCCUUGGUGUCCUAAAAAUGGAAGGUUUUCGUCCGAUAAAACCGGAAGCACUACCCGAGUCUUCCCCAUUCCAUGCGAAGAAGCAUACAUAAGUUUUUGCUUGCGAACGAUUCGAAAAAAAAAUUCUCAGGUUCUAAAAAACACUCCAGUGCGCCUGAUCUACUUCGCUUACUCAAAUGUGCUUAGCUAUAGCGUACCACUUUGGUUUUGUACUAUUUAUUGUUAUCGAUUUUAUCGAUUGCUUACUAUUUCUUCUCAUCGUAAGAUUUUGACAUCUUUCAGUUUCUCCUGCGCUUUCUAGUUUAUGAAAUUCUCUAAGUUUGUGAAUUAGAUUGAAAAUGUUUUGUCCUGCCAUGCACUGCUUUUAUAGCACUCUCAAAAGUACCAGCUGACUUUCGUUGACCCGCAACGCUUUUAAUCGCUACCCUUUGAGCGAAAGCACCCUUUUCAUGCCAAAGCACUUUAAACCAUUGAAAUCUCUCACCAUUCCUUUCUCUUUUUCCCCACAUGCCAGUUCUUACACCUAAGAACUUUCAGAUUUUGUUUGCCCAAAUUUUGAGCAUUACGAUUCUACAGGGUAUUUCAGUGAAGUAUGAUUGCGUGGUAUAUAGCAUUAGUAUAUUG